AUUGUUUUUAUAAAAUAUACAAAAAUAACAGUAUAUAUUCUGUUGGAACUUGCAUUUUCUAUAGCUAUUUGUGGCAUAUAACAAUAAUGUUAAUACUAUUGAUAGGAUUACGGUGUGCCUUUUGACAACUGUUAAAAAAAAAAUCUGGUUAAAAAAUAACCUCUUGAAAUAGAGAAGGAUAAUCCCUAAUCAUUUCUAAUGUGUGAUAUAAUUGAAUUGAUCAGCUUUCAAUGGUAUCGGGGAGUGACAUAUAGCAGUUAUUGAAUACUGGCAUAUUUCAAUAUUAAAACUAGAUCAGUGUAUUUGCUUUUAACUUUGAGUUUGGUAUUUUCGUACUGAAAUUGUGCCAUUUGAUUAAACGGAAAAGUGUGUUUAUAUUGAGAUAAGACGAGUGUUUGAGACCUGAAUAAUUUUCGUAUUGGAUUUUAAAAAUGUGUUUGUGAAGUUAUGUGACGAGGUGAAGAGAUGUCAGUGUUUUCAUUAAUUGUUUGGUUUAUAUAUUACCAAGUGGUAUAAGAUAUAGGUAGCUGUAUGAAAGAACCAGGAAUAGAAUAGGAUUGAUAAUAAAAUAGCUGAAUAAGAUGUGGAAAUUUAUGUCGGAAUAAACUUCGAUGAAAAGAACACUUCGAUGGACAGGAAAGGGCAUAUUUAUAAAUGUUUGAAAUAUAUCAGUCCUUGAAUUGAUAUUCCGGUAUUGAAACGGUGAAAUAUUUGUUGAAUGUAAACAUUGGGCUUUUAUAUACCCUGUAUGUAUUGGAUACCUAAAUGUAUAAGUUAAAUGCAAGUUAUCAUUUAUUGCACAAAAUUGUUAAAUAAUAUUAAACCGCCACUGAAUAAAUUGCAUGAAAUUUGUUUUCCCCUUGUAUUAAAAGAUAUAAAUUGAUAUCCGAACUAUGUGAUGAUAUGGAGAAAUCGGUUAUUUAUGAACAUGCCAAGUUUUUAUAUGGAAUAAUGGCAGAAAUGGAGAUAAAUUGUUCUUAUAUACUUUAAUAAAAGACGACAUCAUGAUCGGUUAAAGUUAUGUAAGAGAUAACGGGAUAUAAUAAUUAUUAACACGAUAAAAAAAUAUAUGAACAUGGAGAACAGGACCUGUGUUUUAAAUAUUUGGUAUAUUAAAUGACAUUUAGAAAUGUUAUCGCGGAAGUCUCGGACCAAAAUGCAGGAUCUGCGGCGCGUUUCUUCUUGGAAGCCGAAAAAGGAGAAAAAAUCUAUCCUCGCUCGAAGUAAAAGUGAAGGCGGUACAGAAUGCUGUAUGCCUGUAGAUUUAAGGCUACCUGGCCCAGGUCCACCUAUGGUUCCAAGAUCAGCAUGGAAUUUUGAUGAUGAUACAGAUUCUACAACAUCUUCAGAAACCAUGACAACUGGUUCAGAUGAUGUGUCGGUCAAUAAGAGUCCUAUGCCACUCUAUUAUACCACUCCACCUAAAGCGAACAUGACAAGGAAUACAGAGGACAAAAAGACAUCAAAGAGACCAAACAGCCAUCUUGCGUCAGAUCCUUCCUCCCUGCAGAAUUCCAGACAGAGGUCCGUCAGUCUAGAUUGUGGUGAUGGUAGAAUGAUGAAGAUGUUCACGUCAGAGUCGGAUAAUCUUCAGCAGAUUCAGACACAGAAUCGUCAAAUACUGCGAGCUUCGCCAAGUGAUCCAGGGUCGUUGCUAAGAGCAAAUGGUUAUCCCUCUCCUGGUAGACCACCUAAAACUCCACUUUCUACGCCAAAGAAAAGGACGUCUAUAAGCAGUACAGAUACGGACAGCUCGUCUCCAGGGAAAGUUGACCGUAAACGUAUGUCCAAAGAAGCCAGGACGUAUGACAUUUUGGCUUUAUUUGACGCUGUAGAACAUCAAGAUUUAGAUGCUGUCAAAGACAUUCUUGAAACCAAUGGCAUUGAUAUAAAUAGUGUGAAUAGUGAAUUUUUAACACCACUUGAUGUUGCUGUGAUGACCAACAAUAUUCCUAUGGCAAAAAUGUUACUGACCCAUGGAGCGAGGGAGAGUCCUUUAUUCCAAAAAGGUGAAGGUCGAUCAGCAAGAUUGGAUGUUCUGGUAUCGGAGGCUGAGAGACGAGUGGUUGACCUGACUGCAGCUGUUUUAAAUGGUUCGUCAGGAAAUACUGCAAUGUCCUCAAACCAACAAAAGGAAAAUGAGCGUCAACUUAGCCACUGGGAGUUUCGUCACCGUCUUUUAAAACGAAUGAAAGCUGGAUAUGACCAUGCCCGGUGUCCGGACCCACCUACAAAUGUUACACUAAAUAUAUCCAGUAGUACAUCUCUGCUUGUAAAGUUUGGGGAGCCGUUGAAUAGAAACGGAGCUGUUGUUACUAAAUAUAAAGUUGAAUGGAGUAAGGAUGACAGUUUUGCUCGUGUAGAAGGGGACAUAAUUCUUGACGAUGUGAGGUACCUGGAGGUGGAAAUUAAACAUCUAAAGAAAGGAACACCUUAUUAUGUUAGAGUAUCAGCAAUGAAUAUGAAAGGGUUUAGUGGUCCUGCUUCUUCGAAUCCACUUUAUGCCAUACCAUCGAGUUGGCGGGAUGUAGACAAGAUGCAGCCACGAUGGCAUGGAAAAUUGAAAAUUUUAGAAGAAUUAUUUACGCAAGUUAAAACAUUACGGCCAGCCGACGCCCCAACUAUAAAAGAUACCCCAGGUUCAACAUCACCAGUACGCAAGAAAAAAGGCUUUAAAAAUCUAUUCUCAUCAGCACCAAAGUUUCAUAAAGGUUUAAAAAGGGGUGUAUAUUUAGCCUGUUAUUUUCGUUAUGAUGACAAAGUGUUAGUGACAUCAGAAGAACAAAUUCCUAUCGUUGAGGUGGACGAGACAUUUGCCGGACCAUCAUUGUAUCUUGAUCUCUACUGGUUAAUGAAGGUUGCAUGUACAUGGGAGGAUGUAAAAUCUCUGAGACAAGAUAUGGAGAGGAGUACAGCCGAGGGCAAAGUUCAUUUUAGAGGGAAGCUUUUACAAGCUGUUUCAGUAUUACAGACCGCCUUGGGUACUCACGAUUUAGGAAAAUUUUAUUUCAAACCCCUCCGAGAUCCUAAUGGAAGUAUAGUUUUAGCUACAGUGAACUUUAUACGUGAUCCAAAAGUUGUUUCGUUUAAUUCGGGAAAAUGGGUUCCACUGUCACGACUGCAGCGAAGACAAUCACAGAACUUGAGCGACUUCUCGGAGGAACAAGAAUGUAUCGUGUCCUCUGUCAAUGAGAUGACAGUGUAUCACCAGACGAGUUCUGUACCAUUACGCCCUGGACUUUAUUUAGGAUAUUUAAAACUUCAUGCAUCAGUGGAUCUGAUACGUGUUUUAGUGACACAGGCUGCGCCAAAUGUUCUUCCAAAUGUAAAAGUGCGGGACUGUUCUAACAUUUCUGUAGAGGAGUGGAAAUGGUUGAAGUCCUUAUCACCGGAUGUUCAGAAAAGCUCGGCCAUGUCAACCAACCAGCAGACGUUCCACACUUGUCUUUCAAAAGCAUCGGAAAAACUGUUCAAGAUGUUAGGUAUAUCGGAGGAGAUGUCAUUAUCAUAUCGUCUUUACGAUGUUGAGGUUAUUGAGCUAAGUCCGCAGGUCUCGUUUCUCCUCAUGUUGCCACCGGCUGACGAUCUAUGUAUUGUACCGGGUCAAAAUGACGAAAUUGUAGAGCGAGAUGAUUUCACCUUACUACCUGUGCAAGUUUUUGAAAUGAUUCAUAUGUCUACAUACCAGCCACAGUUCAUCAGUCGUUACUCUCGUCUUUCAUCCAUUCUCGAGAUGGACACCAUUCUGGCGCAACAAAUGCAAAGAGAGGCAUUUUCAAAAGAGGAAUUAAAUACAGCAAAAGAUCGUGUAAAAAGACUGUUAAAUUUACAAAAUGAUCUUGAUAAAGCAUGGAAAGGCAUGCGCUGGAUCAUGGACAUAAUCACUCAUGCGCGAUCUCGAACUUUCGUAGGAUGCAUUCCAGUUCAAACUUUAUAUUCUGCAAGUGCGGAUAAUUCUUUAUCCAAUGACCUUGAACGCAAAGGUAAAAUACGUGAUAACAACAAUUAUGAAGGUUAUUCGAGUUCAUGUAAUUCAAAUGAAAUCAGUGUCGGAAAAGACCAUGUUAAAAUCGCAAAGUUUUACGAUCCAAACGAUGAUGAGUCACAAAAGAGUCACAAAGAGACGAAGUCGGAAACACCUAGUCAUAACGAUAAUUCAGGGAUUUUACGGGUAUACGCAGCUUAUGACACUGGGUUAGCGAAAGGAACGAGUGUGAAAUUGCAUGUGACGCCACGAACUACGGCAAGAGAGGUUAUUAACUUGGUUGUGUUAAAUUUGAACCAAGCAGUGAUUAACAAGGGAAAAUCUGGACCAGUUUACGAAGAGGAGAAAUUCACGGAAUUUUGUUUGGUAGCUGUGAUAGGUGCACGGGAGAGAAUUCUAAGAGACGAUUAUCAACCUUUAAACCUUCAGAAUCCAUGGACUAAGGGGAGAUUAUAUGUACGCAUGAGAAGUAAUCUGUUAGCUGCCAUACAGCAAGGGCAGGCCACUGCCGUCUGAGGCGAAACAUAAAGCGAAAUUAUACUUUUACUAUUGAGAAGUAAUCUGCUCGAAGCCAAAGAAACAGCAAAGAAAAGUCACUUUGGUCGGAGAGUUAAAAUCUUGUUUGUUUGAAAACCUAUUCCAAGUUCUGUUAAUUAACAUAUUAAAAUAGGGCAAAUUUUAUUCAUUUAUCCUUAAAUGAAUCCAUACACUUACAAGAUUGUGGGAGAGAUCAGAAAAAGGUGUUAGUCAUACUGAAACAAAAGGAAUUUAAAGGACAUCUCCAGAUACAAGCGUAAUAUUUAGAAACAUGUAAAAAUGUUGUCAAAAUUACAAAUAUAGUGAUUUAAACAAGCCUAAGGUACUUAUUUCAUAGUAAUUACCUAUUAUGUAGGAAAAUAUACAAGAACAACUCUUAAUACAUUAGAUAUGGAGUAGAAUUCUAAUAUGAAAAUUGAAUAUUCAAUCUCUAUAAUUUUGCAUUAAAAACUAUUUUUAAACUCUAUAUAUUUAUUAGCUUUGAUCUUUUGAAAAUUUGUUUACUCAUAUAGCAGUGUGUGGCUUUGGGCAUAUUGACAAUUUUUAUUUCUGAGUUAGAAUUAUAUUGUUAAGUUUAUUGCAUUCUGUAAAAACAGCAUACCUUUUAGUGAUGUCGAAUUUGUGAUGGUUUUAGUCAAGUUUAAACCUAUAGAAAGUUUACCUGCAAUCAAAUAUCCAUUAAUGAUGUUACAGGAAGACUUCAACUUCUUGAACCAUUAUAAUGUUGUUUUUUUGCCUCGUAUUUUGUUUUAUCAAAGACCUUGCCAUUUAUUGCUAUAGAAAAUAGUGUUACUACAUCUACCAUUGUGUAUUCACAACCCUGUUGGAAGCAUUCCAUACUUGUAUUAUUCAUACAUCAUUGGUUGUAUUGUUCGGGGCCUCUCUUGCUGAGUUGUUUAAGUUACAUUAUAUCCUCAUUUUCUGCUGUCCAGUUGAAUAAGUUAUGAAAUCUUUUAAAGAUUGGCUAUUAAAAUGGUGAUUGAUCAAUAACUGAUAAUGAAGAAUGUGUAUAAUAUAAUAUUAAAUCAAAACUACCUUAAUUACAAAAAGACUGUCCAAAUCUUUUUAAGAACUGAGCAUUACCAAUACAUUUUGAAUGAUAUUUAAAGAAAAUUCUGUUGGUCACCUGGAUUAUUGGUUACUUAUUCAUAGUAAUAUAUAAUAAACUGAACACACUAAUAUGGCAAAAUGUCAAGUUAUUUUUUAUUUUUUAACUGCUUACUGAUCAUGUACACUUGGAUGGGCAUUAUGUCACUUUUAAGUUCCCUGAUUUCAUACCAUUUGCUUAUCACCAUUGUGGGUUCGAACCUUGCAAGGCACUUUGGUUUCUUUCAUGUGAGGAACCUAUCCAGCUAGAUCACGGAAGGUACCAGCAUGUUUUCUGAAAUAAUGCAUGAAGGCGCUCCAGAGAUAUUUCUCCCCCAGUAAAACCUGGAAAGUUCACAAGUAAUGACCCAUGACCUAACAAUAACCACAUUUUUUUGAAAAAUUAACCAUGUUAACACAAUAAAUGUACAAUAUAAUAAUCUAUAAGGAAUGGUCAAAAAUCAAGUUUCUGCUUUUAUUCCACUGCCAGGCAUUGCUUUAGGGACAUGAAACUGCCAAUAUUUUGAAAUGUUUAUAUCAUUUGACGGUUAACAGUAUAAAAAUUCAGUUAUAUCUUUUAACAGAUAUAUUGUCAUAUGUUUAAUACAUUAUCAACUUUGUGUGAAACUUUUGGACAUCACUGUAUUAGCAGGGCUCAUUUUUAGCCCGACUACCAGUCUCAAGAGUUUAUAACUCUGUCAUUUUGAUAAAUUAAUGCCUUUUUCUCCAACUUUUUAAAUCUGUUAUUAAAAAUAGUUGAACAUACAGUUUUGUUGACAACUUUUGCUUCCUAGAAAGUUAGCUGCAACAUAAAAGAGGCAUUUUCUAGACCAAAAGUAUGUUGUUGUUUUUUUCUAAAACAUAAAAGAGAAAAUUCACCAAUAGGUUGCCUUUUAUACAGCCACAAAACAAAUUUCUUUUAACUUUUGAGAUAUACAGAAAAAGUGAUAAAUUUUGGAACAGCAAUUAAGGUUGUUUUCUUUUUGCAUUAUAUGUGAAGUAUCCAUUAUUUUUAAAUUACCAACAUAAUUACAUGUAUGUACACAUUUUUUCCAAAUUUUUAUCAGUGUUUAUUGUUUUCCUAAAAUUGGAAAUAUAAAGGCCUGGUAUAUAUGUUUGAAGUUUCAGUAAUUUCACACUAUGGUGAUACUAAAUCUGCCAUGUACACAUUCAUUCAUUUAUUCAUUCUUGUAAAUAUUCUUGCAUACUAAUUUAUUAUUGUGUUCGUAGUCAGCCCAGUGCAAUUUUUUGGCCAGGAGUGAUUUCGGGGGGUUUUAUUGAAGGUUUACUAUCUUUUACUUAUAUAUUUUCCCAAUAAACAAGUUUUAAAUGUUACUGAAAUAAAAUAUAAAUAUUAUACUAACAGAUGGUGAAUAUCAUUGAAUUGGGGAAAAGUAAGCAAUGUAUAUUAUUACAUAAGCUAACAGAUGUGUUUCUGUUUUUAAGUUAAGAGUAACAUGUUUGUUUUUUGUUUAAUGAUGCUCUAACAGAUACUGAUAAAAUGUUUGAACACAUUCAAACAAAAAAAGUGAAUGUUUACAAUAGAAAAUUUUAAUAGAUGCCCUUAGGCCUCUAUUAAAAAUUAAUUGAAAAAUAUUGAAAUUUAUUUACAUUACAUAAUGGAUGCACAAUAUAGCAGCUACCAAAGAUUAGAUUAUCUAACUGUAAAAACGUUACAUAAGUAAACAAAUUACAAAUAAUUAGUUGAUAAAUGGUUGAUUAAAAGAAAUUAAAUAUUAUCUUUUUAAUUAAUACUGGCCUGAUGUUUAUUUUAAAAAUUAAACUAUUUUUUUUCUUAAGAAGAUGGCAUAUUAUUAAGCGUUCUUGUUUUAUCUAAUUUAAAAAAAAAUUCUUAAGUUCAUUUAUUUUAUUAAUCAAAGCUUGAUUUUUUACUAUUAAAGGUUCCUGUUUACAAUUAAACUUAGCCAUUUAUUAUUUAAUGUGGUCAUUUUCAAUUGAAAUGUCCUGUUUGUUUACAGUUAUAGGUGAUUGUUUACCAUUACAAUUCCCAUUUAGUUUAAAACCCUUUUCUUUACAAUUUAAAAUGGGCCAUUUUCAACUCAAGUUAGCAAUUUACUAGCAUCAUAUUUAGAUCUUAUUGUUUACUGUAAAGUAAACCCCACUUGUUUACAAUGAAACCUGGUUAUUUACUAUUAAAUUUGGCCGUUUUCAAUAAAUAUUUCCUGUAAACAAUUAAGACUUAUUUUUUACCAUUAGACCUGGCCAUCUACUUUUAAAACUACCUGUUUACAAUUAAAGAUGGUCAUUUACAAUCAAAACAGGCAAUUUAAUUAUAUAGUUAUAUGGUAAUAUUUAUAUCUUACUGUUAACCUGUUUACAAUUAAUGAUGGUCAUUUACUACAUGUGUAGUUUUCAAUUUCCUUAUUUACUCUUAAAUCUGGCCAUCCAAUAUUAAAACUACUACCUGUUUACAAUUUAAGAUGGCCAAUUACAAUUAAAACAGGUACUUUACUUACUACUGUAAAUCAGAGUAGCUUAUAGUUACUGUUAACUUUUUUAAAACCUGUUUACAAUUACAAGUUGGCCAUCUGUGCUGUAUUUGCAUUCUUUUUCAAUGUUUCAUGAAAAACAUUUAUUUAUCAAUGCAUUUAUUUAUGAUAUAUUGUUGUUGAUAAACAUGCAAUGAGAUUUUUGUUAAUGUGAUAUUUUAUGUCUAGAAAAUGCAUGUGCUAGAUACAUACACUCUCCUUCAUCCAGCUCGUCAUUCCAUUUACAUAUGAGAAUUUUUAUAGUAUUAUAAAGUAAAAUAAAAACAUUAAAAAACUUUA